AUGAAACGAGGGAUUAGCACGAGCAUUAGCUUGUUGGCUAAACGCAAAACCCAGGAUUUACAGAAUACGCUGAAAUUUCUGGCUCAAACAAACAAGACCACCACAAUAUCUUCGCUUUUCGAGAAGCAAGGCACUGAGGCGGUUCACGUUCAGAAAGUCGUAGACCUCCUGAAUCACGAUCUACCAGACGGGGAAUUUCAUAGGCGAAGAGUCGAUGCUCACUAUGACAUCUUGAUGUCGCGGUUAAAACAUGUGGUGGAGAAGUCUGUGGCCCAAACUGGAAUCGAGGAUUCUUGGUCAAAGUUGAAAUACAAUCUUCAAGAACGACUGAGCAAGUGCCAUUCCAGUGAGCAACUAUACGGGUUGCUCUUGGAGCUGCAGGUUGCCAAUAAACUAACGUCUGCAGCGUUGACAAAGAUUAUUAUGAACCGCAACUUCACGCACCUAAACCAAGUUCGCGAUAACUUGCCAGGAUUUAGCCACGAGCUUGAGCUUGCAGCAAUGCUAAGUUAUAGACUACGUGGACCCGAAGCUUCCACCUUAUUUGAACAGUAUACCAAACGAUGGACUUCUGAGUGGCAUGAUUUGGCACCCAUGGCUCAAAAGCUUGUGUGGAAAUGUGACUAUAGACAAUCAGGCAUUGCUUUAGUUUCCCAAAGAGUUCGGGAAAUAAGGGGAUGGUCUGCUGCAGACUCAAUAGGUCUUUACCAGACGCUUUACUCUGUAGCAUACCAACUACCCUCUUUACAAGACCAUAGACUAACAAAAGUUCAGCAUUUGUUUGUGGCGUCACUAAAAGCCCUCUCGUUAGGGAUAUGUGAUUCUGAAUCUGCUAGAAAGAUGUGCUUGGCAACAGUAAGAGCAAGUGUUGAGAAUAGGUUGUCAUCCGAUUGCCUUCAAACAAAACAGGAUACCGGAAUAUCAGUAUAUCAGUAUCGUUUCAUGCGUCGCCUGGAUGACAUUUUACAACUCUCGGCACGCGACCCUGUAAUAUCGUCACAAGCGCGAAACCAGAUACAGGAUGUGAUGAAUACCUUGCAUCGUGAAGAAGAGCAAGCCAGAUCACAAAUGGUACUCAAGUUUAUAUGA